CACCAAAAAAUCAAAAACUCAAUCCGACGGUUUACAUCAUUCUCCUUCACUGGGUUCAUUAGAUCGAAACCGUUAACCAAGUGUAGCGAGAGCGUGAACAUUCUCACGUCGCGUUACUGAGUUUCCACCCCGAGUCAGCGCCUGAGACUCAGUUCGCGUUUUGUUCUUACUCUUUUCUUUUCACUCACUCUCUCACUUUCACUUACUCUCUCAUUUCUUCGUCUUCGUCAGAAUCGUCAAAAUCGAAGAGAGGUGAAAGUGCAUUGUGGAUUUCAGUCGAGAGUGAGUGAAUUCAUAAAAUCUUCCAUUUUCACGAAGGGUUUUUUUGGUCGUGGUUUUGUGAUGUUUCGCAUAUCGCAUAUCUCAUCUUCUCCGGCGUCGGAAGAUCAGUAGAGCCACCACUGCGUGCGGCUACUUCUUCUUCUUCUUCACCCUAGUUUCUCAAAUUGCACAUCUCAUCUUCUCCGGCGUCGGAAGAUCAGUAGAGCCACCACUGCGUGCGGCUACUUCCUCUUCACCCUAGGUACUGAUUGUGUUUAAGGAAAUAAUAAUUUAAUUGUAUAAACUGAAAUUUAGUUAGAAUUGAGUAACACAGGAGCAGAUAUAUGAUAAUAUAUAAAAACUUAAUUGUAUAAGGUUUUAGUAUGAAGCCAAUGAUGAACGAUUUUUUUAUAUGUUUACUUAGUUUUGCUAUUCAGUCUCUCAUGUCUCAUUUGUAACAUUGGACUUACUUCCUUUUUGUUUUUCAUUUGGGUAAUUGGGUUCUUUUGAUGACCAUAGAUAUUGUUUUUUGGACAUAAAUAUGAUUUUCAUUUGUGGUUCUCUGGUUGUUGGUGUUUUUUGCUGUACAAUCAUUAAUCGAGACAUAUUUUGUUGAAACUUACAGUUAAAUUUGAUUAAUGGUUUUCAUUUAUCUUUACAUCAUCAGUUUAGUUUAUGGAAUCUGUUAGUCAUUAUUAGUUCAAUAAUUUGCUGCUGUCUAUGCGGGGGUUUAGACUAAACAUUAUUAGUUUAGUACAUUAUCAAUUUAGCUUACAGUUUUCAUCUAAUUUGGUACAUUAUCAGUUUUGUUGUUGUAUGCAUUUCAACAUUUGUGAAAAUAUCAAUUAAAUCUUGGUAAGUAAUCAAUUAAAUCUUGAGAAUAUUUGAUUCUACUAUGUCUUCCAUCAUUGCCUGCCUUGAUAUUGCUAGGGUUGAACAUUUAUUGGUUUCUGUAAUUUUUGUUUUCUCUGUGAAUAUGUGGUUGUUAAGUAGUGGUAUUAUUUCUUCUAGAGGGCAAGAAUGUUGUUAUUAGGCUUGAGGGCAAUCCAGUUUUUACACUAACAAACCAGAUUUGAGUUUUGAAAACAAUUCAAUGAAAAAACUGUUUUUAAAAUUAUUUUUGAAAAACUAGUUUGAGUAAAAAAAAACAAUUUUAAAACUGGUUUGAGUAAAAAAACCGGGUUAAAAUUGGUUCAAGUGACUAAUCCGGUUUUUGUUACAAACCGGUUUUGAACCAGAUCCAAACUGGUUUUACAUGAUAACCGGUUUUUAUUGAAAUGGGUUUAGGAACUGAACCAAACCAUAAAUUAGGUUUGGUUUUUAAACCAUGAACGCCCCUAUGUCUAGUAGCUGCUACUACCUCUUAGAGUUGUCUGUUUGAUGUUUUUGAUCAAUCCUCUCUGCCCUUCCUACCAUUUAGAGUAAUUUAGUUUAUUUAGUAAAAGAGGCUUUUGGUACAAGUGAAACUUUGCAGUGGAAUGCUGCAAAUGUGUAUCUUUGAAAUAUUUGUUUGGGGUAAAUUUUAUGGAUGUUAAACCUUGUUCCUGCUUGGAACUGAGGUACGGAUGCUUAGCUAGAAGUGGUUCUAGGUCUAAGUCUUAGUGUAAGUGAAUACGUGGAAUGUGAUGAUCCUUUUGAGAUCAUAAAGGGCCUAUAUAUAGGCUAGGAUAUAACGGUCCGGGGUGAGAUUCCCUCGACCGCAUCAUGGAGCCAUUAACUCCACUAUUUCGGGGGUAGUUAUCCCAUGUGGGCUAUAAUCAUAGUAUUUAAUCAGUGUAUAAUUAAUUUAUUCAUGAGUUACUAUUAGAACAGUGACAAAUAGUAAUGUUUUAAGUUUUAACUGUCUAACCUUUCAGUAAGAUGUUUUUCUCUCUUUACUAUUCUAGAUUAUUCCCUGCCAAAUGUCAUCUUAUAAUUUGAGACUAUCUCUGCUAGAUGGCAGCUUAUGAUUUGAGACGGUGAAAGUUUUCACAGCUCAGAGUUUGUUAGGGGUGUAGGAUAACAAUAGUUAUAUAUAUUCAUGUACCUUGUAGCCAUUCUCAAUAAAGAAAUACAAUUACAGAACUUACCAAGAGAUGAAUUCUCUCCUUGUUUUCAAUAGUUACCAAGUUGAAUUGAAGGUUGAUUUUAUUUUUUUAUUAAUUUUAAUCUAUGAAGUCCUGUUGAAUAGAUUGGUUUGACUACAAACAACCUCUAAUCUUCUUGCUUAUGUGCUUGAGCAGCCCGGAGAUCUGUACUUUGCAAGAUUGUGAGAUAAAAAAUGGGUGAUGAUUCUGGUCUGGGGAGUGACAAUAUUGAUUGGAAUACUGACGAUGAGCUUGAGAUCGAGGGCUUUCAUUCCUCAUGUUCAACUGUUUCCAAUGCACACACAAUUACUGCUGGGUCUGUAGAGGCACGCUCGUUUGCUGGUCCAUCUAAUACCAAGGUGUUUGACAAUUUUAUCAGUAUGGGAUUUCCUGCAGAAGUGGUUUCUAAAGUAAUUCAGGAAUAUGGUGAGGAAAAUGAAGAUAAACUUCUUGAAGAGAUUCUCACAUACUCAGCAAGCUCCUCUGCAGGUCCAUCUAAUACCAAGGUGUUUGACCAUUUUAUCAGUAUGGGAUUUCGUGCCGAAGUGGUUUCCAAAGUAAUUCAGGAAUAUGGUGAGGAAAACAAAGAUAAACUUCUUGAAGAGAUUCUCACAUACACGGCUCUAGAGAGUUCCUCUCAGCAGCAACAGCAGCAAGUUGAACCAGAUCCCACCUCUUCCGAGUAUGCAGGGAGCUCGUGGGAUGAUUUAUCGGAUGAUGAUGCUUUUUCUGAUGAUGAAAUGCCAAAAUCUGGGGAUGAUGAUACAUUGUUGGCCCUGGUAAAAAUGGGAUUCAAGGAGCAGGAGGCUUUAGUGGCCAUAGAAAGAUUAGGUCAAGACGCCUCGCUUGAUGACCUGGUUGAUUUCAUCGGUGUUGCUCAACUGGUGAAAGCUGAAGAUUCCCUUCUGCCUCCGGAAGACAAGCCACAAAGCAGCGGACAUUCAAAGUUGAAGAAGCGGAGUCUCUAUGAAUAUGAAGUACUGGGAAAGAAGAGACCAAAGGUGAUUGAGAAGAGAGGAGUGUGUGAAGAGGAUGACGAGGCUCAGGCACUUAAUCUGCCUAAUCCGAUGGUGGGAUUUGGAAUUCCCACCGAGCCGAGCUCUUUAGUCACGCAUCGUCGAUUGCCUGAAAAUGCCAUCGGACCGCCAUACUUCUACUAUGAGAAUGUGGCGUUGGCACCGAAGGGUGUUUGGCAGACGAUCUCGAGAUUCUUGUAUGAUGUGGAGCCGGAGUAUGUGGACUCCAAGUACUUUUGUGCGGCAGCUAGGAAACGGGGAUAUAUUCAUAAUCUCCCAAUUUCCAAUAGGUUUCCGCUUCUACCUUUGCCGCCGCGUACAAUACACGAUGCCUUUCCCUUAUUAAGGAGGUGGUGGCCGUCUUGGGACCCUAGAACCAAUCUAAACUGUCUGCAAACUGUCCACGGAAGUGCAAGACUCACAGAUAGGAUCAGGAAAGCGGUGGAAAGCUGUGAGCACUUGGAAGAACCAACUGACGUUGUCAAGAAGUAUGUGUUGGAUCAGUGUAGGAAGUGGAACUUGGUAUGGGUGGGCAAGAAUAAAGUUGCCCCCCUAGAGCCCGACGAAGUUGAGAUGCUUUUAGGAUUCCCCAGGAACCACACAAGAGGUGGUGGUAUAAGUCGGACGGACAGAUUCAAAUCACUUGGAAAUUCUUUCCAGGUUGACACAGUGGCAUAUCACCUAUCUGUUCUGAAGGAAAUGUAUCCUGAUGGGGUUAAUCUUCUCUCUCUCUUUUCUGGAAUCGGUGGUGCGGAGGUAGCUCUCCAUCGACUUGGCAUCCCUCUGAAGACUGUGGUGUCAGUUGAAAAAUCAGAAGUCAACAGGAACAUUGUCAGAAGUUGGUGGGAGCAGACAAAUCAAAAGGGGAAUUUGAUUGAUAUGGAUGAUGUGCAGCAACUGGAUUCUGAUCGUUUGGAGCAGCUGAUGAGCAUUUACGGUGGUUUUGAUCUGAUUGUUGGUGGCAGUCCGUGUAAUAAUUUGGCUGGAAGCAAUAGGGUUAGCAGGAAUGGACUCGAGGGCUCUGAGUCGUCUCUCUUCUAUGACUACUUUAGGAUUUUAGACUUGGUGAAAGCUAUGGCACCAAGAUUUAGAUGAAUUGUCUAUAGGAAUUUCGUUUUCAGGGUUUAUAUCCAAACAUUUAGGAUCUUCUACAUUUCACUUUUCAUCCCAUUUUUGUUGUCAAACAAGGAAAGGCAAAAACAGUGUCAAAUAAUUAUUUUUCCUUGACAUUUCUUAUUUCAUGUUAUAUAUUUGUGUGGCAAAAAUGGGAUAUCCUCUAAGUACAGUUGCAAAGAGCCAGUACUACAAAUGUAAUUGUUGUUUUUAUUAGAAGGAGCAAAAAUGUGUUCUGCUCAUGAACUAGCUACUAUGGCUAGGAAUGGAGGUUCCAAAUCAUGGGUGGGCUGCACCCUAGGCCCAAUGGCAAAGGUUGUUUGUAUUGAAUCUUCUGCUUCGAAUAUUUCUAGGAUGGCUAAGAAAAAAAAAUCAAGAUUAUUCAGAAUAACAUGUUGAACUUUUUGGUA